AUGGUUCCUAUGAUCCUUAAUGUCAAGUUGUGUCCUACUGAGGGUGAUUUACUUGAGGAUGUUUCUGCCUAUAGAAGGCUCAAUGGCGGAUUGUUUUAUCUGACUAUCUUUUUCCCUGAUAUCACAUAUGUUGUUCAUAAGCUUAGUCAGUAUGUUUCUAAACCUAGGAAGCCUCAUCUUGAUAUAGUACAUCAUUUGUUGAAAUACCUUAAGGCCUUUCCUGGACAAGGAUUGCUCUUUUCUAUUUCUUUUUCUUUAAAGAUCCAGACCUUCUCAGAUGCUGAUUGGGGUUCUUUUCUAAACAUUAGGCGUUCCAUCACAGGCUUUUGUAUUUUUCUUGGUGAUUCUUGGAUUUCUUGGAGGGAUAAAAAGCAGAUCACCGUGUCUCGCUCAUCUGCUGAGGCUGAGUACAAGGCUCUUGCUUCUACAGCUAGUGAGGUUAUGUGGCUGCAUCAACUUCUUAUUGAUUUGAAAGUUUCUCCUAUAACUCUUGCUCUCUUAUUUUGUGAUAAUUAG